ACCAGAGGCCACCAGAGGCCCGCAGGCCUUGAAGUGAAGAACACCGCUCUUGAGCUUCAGCUAGGGGAGGUCAUUCCGCCAGCAGUGGCGAGAGAAAGCAAUUGAAAGGCUGCAUCUUUACCUCCCAUUGUAAGCCGCGUGUUUUAUCAACUGAGAAAAAAUCGAUACAACUGUCACAUAGGUCAAUGAUGUUAUUGGAAUGCAUGGUCGGUAGGUAUAGAGAAUGUGUAUCAUUAAGUCAGCGCUUACUCGCUCGGAAUCCAACACUCAUGAACUUACUGUCCAGUGAUACUACCAGUUUAGUUUUUGUGCGGCCUUUUGUGAAUCCACUGCUGAUUGAAAGUCUCUUUAUGCUGUGUCGGUCACGGUGGGGGGGGGAAGGGGGGAUUGUUUGGCCAUACUUCACCACACCGGGUCACAGUUCGGAUAUCACUCGCCACUGCGUGUUACGUGAAGUUUAGUGGCCAAUAAGCUGAACCGAAAGCGAAAGCGUUCUACUCAUUGUAAAAAAAAAAGGAAAUGAUCGCGUCGUUCUGGGCGUCCUGGUGAGUGAAUAUAUACCCCAGGUCACGUCGAGUUUCGGCCUGCCGGCUUUCUCACCACCAAAGCAACCAUCGUGACACCGAGUGGCUACGAAAGAAGAAAGCAGCCAUGCAGAGCGGACUUCAGCUGGCAACGUGGGCGCUCGUCGUCUUGCACCUGCACGGAAGAGCGUCUGCCAACGUUUACGCGAGGUACAAGAACGCGGCCAGCGUCUCGCCGCAGGACAGUGCGGUGCGCGUGGGCCACGACCUCACGGCCGUGUGCGAGGUGCGCGACGGCGCGGGCCUGGGGGCCGCGGACCUGCGCUGGGUUCUGAACGCCACGCCGCUGGGCGCGCCGGCAGUCCGCGUGCUGGACGCGCGGCGCUCCGAGGUGACCCUGACGGCGCUGGCGCCCUCGCUGCCCAGCGGACACAACCUCCUGUGCGUGCACCGCGACGGAGACGUCUUGCUCGCCGGCUCCGUGGUCUACGUGGGCGAGCCCCCCACGGCUCCCACGGAGCUUGAGUGCCGCUCGAGGCUGUCGGAGGACAUGACGUGCAAGUGGAGACCCUCGGGCGAGACCCACAUCCACACCACGUACACCCUGAUGUACCGUCUCACAGACGGCACGGACAACGAGUGCGAGGACUACGAGACGAGCGGUGCCAACUCGUGCUACUUCCGACGGGAAAACCUCUACCUGUUCGUGACGUACAGGAUCUGGGUGGUCGCCCACAACCUGCUGGGCAACGCCACCUCCGCGGUGCUCUCCGUCGACCCCAUGAACGUCGCGCAGCCGUCUCCGCCAGCCAACGUGGUUGUGGUUGGGCCUCCCAAAUACCCCAAGCAGCUGGACGUGAGCUGGACGUACCCUUCUGCCGCUGACCCCUCAUUCUACCCUCUGCAGUUCCAGCUGCGCUACCGCAGGCACGGCACGUCUGAUUGGCAGACGAAGGAGGUGGGCACGCAGGUGGCGUACGGCCUGUACGGGCUGCGCGCCGGGACGCGCCACCACGUGGAGCUGCGCUGCCGCCACUCCUCAGGCAGGGGCCACUGGAGCGAGUGGAGCCGCGCCGUCACGGAGAGCACCGCGCCCGCACUCAAGCAGAAGUCUCUGCAGAUGCCCCUGAAGCAGCGCAAAAUGCUCCUGAUCCACGGAACUUCGAUUAUGAGAGGACUGAACCAGGGAGGACGGCGCAGAGGUCGCAAGGGCCCGAGGAAGCAUCUGGCACCGAAGCAACCCUGAGCUUGGUGGGGACGGUGCCAAGCCACGCUGCAAUGUUCCCCGGAGCUCCUGGCCAUGACGGAAGUGCCCACCGCGAGACGCAGGACACCCACCGCUGCGAUUCUCUCCUCUGCUUCUUCUUCCCCCCCCCCCCCCCUCCUACUAAGCCACGAGGUUCCAUCGUCACACGCGGCCGGCUGCUCGCGCUUUCUCUCUCCCCACGGAGCUUCUAUACCGUGCCUCUUCUACUCCAGUCGCACGCGCCGUGCUCGCAUCUCGAUCCAUAACUCCCGCCUCGUGCUCCACUACUCCCUCCACCGGUGGUCUCUCCACAGCCCUGCUCAUCACGUCUUCUUACAUCUUGCUGCAUUGCCCCUUUUAUAUAUAUAUCUUGAUUGCACCUUUGCAUAUGCGUGCACAAUGUUCAAUGCAAGAUGAUAGACUGCCUCAUUGCAUAUAUUUAUAUUUAGUGUCUGUAUAACAAUUAUUAGGAACUCGUAUAUAAUCUUAAAUCACUAACGAAUGAUUUAAGAUUAUAUACGCACAACAAAUCGUUACGUUUUGUAAUCUACAGUGCUCAUUGUGUAGUAGCCGGGCCAUGGUAAAACCAUCAGCAUCCUCAACCAUGACCAAUCCACUGCUGGAUGAAGGCUGCCACCAUCUCUCGUGGCCUCGCAAUGCAACAAGCCCCGAAGCUCUUGCAGAUGCCCUCGUGUUAUCAUUCCAGGUGGUUUUGUGGAAUUUCAUUAUCCUAAGGGUGCACACAAUAUGCACUCGAAUCCAUGCGAAAUCUCACUUCGCCAAAACAAGUCUCAAGUUAAAGACUUUGAAGGAGGAACCAUGUUACUGGGUUCUCAGAUCAGCGCACUCAUCAGGGAGAAUAAGCUUGUUGACCGUGUUGUGUUCCCUUUCAUUGUGGAUUUGACCACCAAAUAAAUUACCCAAAGACCAGUUGGAGAUUCUGACCUUGUAAAGAAAAACUGACGCACAAUGAACAUCCAAAUUGUUCAUCUGCCCCAUUGCAAGGAGGAAGCUGUCGUACUGUGAUGCUUUGCUCAUCACUCGACUUGCAAUCCAGAGGUCGCCAGGUUCGCCGCCGUCUUGGCCCGGCACUUGAGACAAUGGGCAUCAAGGUUUUGUAAAUCUCCCCGCAGGUCCACGCAGCAGCGAUUGGAAGGUCACGUGUGUCGGGGUGACGUGUGGGUGCUCACACCUUUUCUAAUGCAUUUGGCCAGCGUGAAACAAGUCGACCACACACCCUCGAGAGAACAUCUCGAGACCUCCCUUGAGUGGAGGCCCUUCCCCGCCAGCAGUGGCCCAAGCAAGACAUUGCAGGGCUGCACAUUUUUUUAACCUUUUGACCAUUAGCGGCACAUUACUCCACAGCGUAGGAAAUGGGAGUUGGGAUUCUUUAUGUGUCAGAAUUGUUCCCUCUUGGUGCCGGUCACCCCAACUCUCCCGCUUUACCACCUGGUCAGAGAGCGAGCUUAGGGACCAAGCAAAUGUUCAACAUCGAUGAGAAUUUUUUUUUUAAAUGUACGCACCGUCGGCCAGGUACUCUGCACACGGCAAACAUCUAAAACAAAACAAGUGAGUUGAGAGUUUCACUUUGCUGGAGUCCACCUGAGUGAAGUGCAAUCGCCACCGUUCUUGAAGAGUUCUACUCCACGAUAGCUCUGCAGACUCGUACAGACUAACCGCUACAAUGUCAACAACGUAACGCUCAUGUAAUCAAAGUAAAUAAAACACGUUGAAAACCGC